AUGUUCAUCAUCAACUGGUUCUGGGACAUUCUCGCCCAACUUGGGCUGGCGCACAAAAACGCCAAGAUUCUGUUCCUCGGGCUCGACAAUGCUGGUAAGACCACGCUUCUUCACAUGCUCAAGAACGACCGCCUGGCUACAUUGCAGCCCACGCUGCACCCAACCUCGGAAGAGCUCGCCAUUGGCCAAGUCAAGUUCACCACAUACGAUCUCGGUGGACACCAGCAAGCACGUCGACUUUGGAAGGACUACUUCCCCGAGGUGGACGGCAUCGUAUUCCUCGUUGACACGCAGGACCACGAGCGAUUUGCCGAAGCACGUGCAGAGCUCGACGCUCUGCUUUCGAUCGAGGAGCUCUCCAGUGUUCCCUUCUUGAUCCUGGGCAACAAGAUCGACGCUCCCGGUGCUGUGUCCGAAGAGGAGCUGCGUCAGGCUAUCGGGCUCUACCAGACUACCGGGAAGGGUAAGGUGCCGCUUAAGGACAUCCGUCCGAUUGAAAUCUUCAUGUGCUCGGUCGUCAUGCGACAGGGUUACGGAGAGGGCUUCCGAUGGAUCUCGCAGUACAUUUGA